AGAAAGGCCAGCCCUUGCGCCCUGCUGCUAGUGUGUUUAGGAAGCCUGGGGAGACCAUGUGUCUGCUUCAGGGUUAGGAGGCCAGUGGGAAGUGUGAGCAUCACACUGCAAGUACCUCACUUACGUCACAUUUGCUUCUUUGCUCAGGAGCAGGCCGAACUCUUGCUAUGGGGCACUGUCGCCUCUGCCAUGGGAAGUUUUCCUCACGGAGCCUCCGCAGCAUCUCUGACAGAGUGCCUGGGGAGACCUCAGAGAGACUGUCGCCAGGGGAGCGUGUCUUCAUUCGGGACUUCCAGCGUCUUCUGGGUGUUGCUGUGCACCAGGACCCGGCCCUGCCUCAGUUUGUCUGCAGGAACUGCUACGCCCAGUUCUACCAGUGCCACAGCCUUCUCAGGUCCUUCUUAGAGAGAGUCAAUGUCUCCCCGGCCGGCCAACGGAAACCUUGUACAAAGGUCGGUGCCCAGCCUCCCACAGCGGCAGAGGAGGAAGCACGUAUGGCUGACCUGAUCACCUCGAGCCCCCGGUGUCUGCACAGCUUGGUGGGCUGGGUACACGAACAUGCAGCCAACUGUGGGUCUCUGCCCAGCCUCCAGAGGACACUGUCCUCUGAGUACUGCGGCAUCAUCCAGGCUGUGUGGGGCUGCGACCAGGGUCAUGACUUCACCAUGGACACAGACUCCAGCUGCAGAGCGCUUUUUCUGGACAGUGCAUUAGCAGUGAAAUGGGCAUGGGUCAAGGAGUUAUCACCACGGCUGGCCCAGAACUCAAACCCCCCUGGAGCUGCCUCUCAGCUCUGCCAGGCUAGAGAAACCCAAGUUGGACCUGAGACCAAGACCCUGUCCAGUAUGGAUGUGGCCCUACUGCACUCACAUGGAGACUCUGCGGGACCUGGACUGGGCCCCUAUACUCAGCCAAGCUUGGCUCCCAGUGAGGCCCCAGGGCAACUGGGUGAGAAGCAGGUUCCAUCUUCAACCUCGGAUGAUCGGGUAAAAGACGAGUUCAGUGACCUUUCUGAGGGAGACUUCCUGAGUGAAGAUGAGAGUGAUAAGAAGCAAACCCCACAGUCCUCGGAUGAGUCCUUCCAGCCUUACCCAGACAGGAAGGUCUCUGCUAAGAAGAGUGAAAGCAGAGAAGCUAAGAGGCCAGAAGAGCCCAAAAUCAGAAAGAAGCCUGGGCCCAAGCCGGGAUGGAAGAAAAAGCUGCGAUGUGAGAGAGAGGAGCUGCCCACCAUCUACAAGUGUCCUUACCAGGGCUGCACAGCUGUAUACCGAGGGGCUGAUGGCAUGAAGAAGCACAUUAAGGAGCACCAUGAGGAGGUCCGGGAAAGGCCCUGCCCACAUCCUGGCUGCAACAAGGUGUUCAUGAUCGACCGGUACCUGCAGCGGCACGUGAAGCUCAUCCACACAGAGGUGCGCAAUUACAUCUGUGACGAGUGUGGGCAGACCUUCAAGCAGCGGAAGCACCUUCUUGUCCACCAGAUGCGCCACUCAGGAGCCAAGCCACUGCAGUGUGAGGUCUGUGGCUUCCAGUGCAGGCAGCGAGCAUCCCUCAAGUACCACAUGACCAAACACAAAGCAGAGACUGAGCUGGACUUCGCCUGUGACCAGUGCGGCCGGAGGUUUGAAAAGGCCCACAACCUCAACGUGCAUAUGUCCAUGGUACAUCCCCUGACCCAGACCCAGGACAAAGCCUCACCUUUGGAAGCGGAGCCGCCACCUGGGCCUCGGAGCCUCUCUGGGACCAUGGAGGCUGUGAAGCCUGAGCCUACCUGAGGAGUGCAGGUGGGACGCUGGGUGUGGUGAGGCUUACGGACAGUUUAAUGUCCUCACUUCACUGCUGCACAGUUCUGCUUGCUCUUGGACCCCAUGCGGCACCCCACCUCACAGAUCCAGCAGCCAUAUGUUGGAGGGCACCUCUCUCAGGGCGAGGGUGUGUAGUUCAACCUCCUGUGGUACCAGCAGUUUUAUUUUCUUAUGGACACUGAACAAUUUAAAGCCACACACAGAUUAUGAAUAAUUAAUUUUUUUCCUAACUAGAGCAAUCAAGGAGAUUUGUAAUCUACUUUCUAAUGUAAUAAGAGCUCCAUGUUAUGCUUGCAAUAAAUUAUUUACAAAGAUGCCGGCUGG